AUGUCCUUGUCUUCUUCAGAUAUUAAAGGAAAGGAAAUAAGUUACACAAUUUCUGCUGAGGAUAUCAGAAGAGAACUUGGAAUCGAUCUAAUUGAGGAACAGAAGGUGCAAUUGUCUAAGGUCAACAAGACAUGUGAAAAAUGUGGUCAUGGUGAAGCUGCCUUUUAUACCAGACAGAUGAGAUCGGCGGAUGAAGGGCAGACUACUUUUUACACAUGCACUCGCUGUGGUCAUCAGUUUCAGGAGAAUUAAAUUUGAACCCUCUACGAACAGAUUACUUGGCUGAAAUCUGCUCCAAUUUUCUACCAAACAUUAAUUUGGAGAGUCUGUGCAAUUGGAAGUUUUGAUCCUAUGUAGCUUGUACAAUGCCUGAAAAUUGUAUACUGAAAUCGACAUAGAAAAGUUGUUUUGGUGUUAAAUAUGAAGUAACAUGUGGCUUCUGGCUAUUUGUUGCUAAAUUCACAGAAACCACCUUUUUACUAUUUUUUUCCCUAUCAAAUUUUGAUUUAUUUUCAUGCAUUACUCAGGUAUUGUGGCCUGGUGUUUCCUAGUGUGCUAAUUUAUCUAGAACUGUGUUUGUAGUACUUAGUUCCUUGCCUUUUUGGGCGAAUAGUACGUGGUUCCUUUUAUGACAUGUUAGUGUUCUGCUGAA